CAGUUUUCAGAUGGUGUGUGAGAGGAGUACAACGAGACACAAUCAUGAACUGCGUUAAAUUCUUAGCGUCGAAGAAUCCAUGUCUGGAGGAAAUUGCCAAGAUUGUCCCCGCCUCAUGCAAACACACACUCGUCGAUGAAUUGCGAGGAGGAAUGCAGCCGCCAGACACGUACAUCGUUGGGAUUGUGGAGGAUGCUUAUCCAAGAAUAGUGUGGGAGGGUAAGGUAAAGAAGCGGAUGACUCUACGAGAAGUGCUGCUGGACGGAUCGAAGGGGCUUCAGUUGGAUGUGUUUGGAUAUGGCACGCAUGCCGACACAAUUCACGACUACAUUCAAGAAGGCAAAAGCAACGGAACCAUUUGGAUGGCAUUUGCCAAGACAAGAUUGGUGAAGUACCGGGGUCCUGUUCAAAAUGGCUGGUGUGAGCUGAGUUUGAGGGCAGGGAACAGAGUUGCGGCUGAUGCUGAGGUCUGGAUCGUUGCGAAGCCUGAGACUGUUUCACUAAAUGCAGCUCUACCAUCAUCCUCAAAAUCAAAGACACAGACUGCUGCUUCCUGUCAUGCUGGGCCGAGCGGCCGGAAUAAGCGAAAACAACCUGAGCAUUUCACCGUAGUUUGCCACUGCAACUCUAGCAGAAAAGUGACUGUAUGUGCCGUUGUGAAGGAAAUUCUGAAAACCCCAGAGCCAACUAAAUUUGGGACGUUCCACCUGAUGAUGGCCGUCUUUGACCCAUCGUGCUGUGUAGACAUGCCGAUACGGGACGAUCUUCCCAUACAUGUAUUUUUCAAUGACACCAGCAUUCGUGAUCUUCCUGGAGGUGUCUCGAUCGGUGAUAUCUUGCUGUUAAGAAACAUAUCCCUGGAGCCGUACAAAGACAAGAUCCACGGGACGGUCUACGACCCCAAGCAGAUUAUUAAGUUUUCAUCUGACCCGGAAGUCCCCAUCGAGGCAAUCACCCUUAAGCCCCGUUAUGAAAUACCUGUACCUCAUACACGGCCAGAUGAAGUUCGUGAGAAAGUCAUCUCGCUACGUGAUUGGUGGGGGGUACAGAAGGAUAUGUUAAUGCCGGCCGCCAACACUAAUGCAGACGGAGCCGAGCUGCUGAGCAGCUGCGAUGACAUGCCUGACUUGCAAAUCAAAGAAAUUUUGGAAGUAAUGGCCUUCACAUUAUGUUGUCAGGUUAUGGAGACAUACAGAGUGAAGGCCACCAACAGAGAGUGUCUCUUCAAGGUUCAAGACGGCACAAUGACCCAGAUCUGCUUCAAAGAGUAUAGAGGCCAUGACGCGACAACAGAGGGAAUAACACAGACGGAGUACUAUACUAAUCCAGGCAGUCUGAUGGUGGAUGUGCUUGUCAAAAAUGCUUGCUCUGCAGCUGAGAGCAUUGUGGCUAAGGACGUCAUCCAGAUGAAAAACGUGAAGUGCUUAAAAGCUGCCAGAAACGGGGAAGACAUGACCGUCGACAAACAUGUGUUGAUCCUGGACUGUAAUGAUGGCGAAAUGGUGAAGCUGCCCAGUGUUAACAUAGUGGCUGCCAAGAUCAUUGAUCGGGUGAAAAAAGCUGCAGUCGGCCGUGGAGAUAAUUCAGUCAGCAGUGAUUCCACCAUGGUGCCUACACCAGCAUGGCCUACUCCUGCGAAGCCUAGUCCCAACCGCAUCAGCAGUCAACCUUUCAGCCCCAACCAGAUGACCGGAGAUCCCAGGAGCAUCUUUCUAAUGCCACUGCACCACAACAGGAGUUUCUUGCCGCCUUCUGAAACUUCCACACAGCAGAGUUCCUUACCCUCCAAUGACACCUUCGUAGGUUUAGUCAAGGACCUCCAUACUCCGUCUCAGCUUUCCAGAUCGCAGAAGCCCCAAGACAUGACGGCUAACAGUCACACCAGCAGGCUCUCAGGGAAAGCAAAUGAAAUUGAUAAUAACAUGGUAACGGAGAACUCGGAAAUUCCUUCAGACGUGACCUCUAACACCCAGAGCUCCUUUCAACCUCUAGCUCAACCUGCAGUCACUGGAGAUAACACUGAGGAUGAGAGUGUGGUAUUCCCUUCAAAAUUGCCCUCCAGCACCCAGAUCUCCCCUCAAUCUCAGCCUCGAGUUGCAGCCACUCAAGAUAAUAACAUGGAAACGGAGAACUCGGAAAUUCCUUCAGACGUGACCUCUAACACCCAGAGCUCCUUUCAACCUCUAGCUCAACCUGCAGUCACUGGAGAUGAUCACUCUGGCAAUGUGGGUAUACCUACUUCUGACAGUGGUUGCAGUGGUGAGAAGAGUGGUGUAGUCCUCAAACCUUCGACCAUGCCUUGUUCUACGAAGAUACGUGUUCCCACAAGCAAGAACAUCCCUCUUCGCAAAAAACAACCUGUAAAACGAAAGCUCAACAUGGAGACACCGUCUACAAGCGCCGGACACACAACAGUGACUCCCAACAUAAAAAAAAUUAUAACAGUUGUGGACGAAGGGUUUGUUGAUAUCACCUUCUCAAGCCUUCUUGCUCGGAGCGCUUGUGGGACGUUGUACAGAGUGCAUGCGUACAUCACUGAAUUAUUCAGUCUCACCUCCAGGGUCUGCACUCGCUGUAAUAAUGGUUGUUUCUGUAUCCACUUGUGGGUAUGGGGUCUGUGUGAAGCAUGUGGAGUGUGCACAGAGGGCGCGGCACUGCAGCGACUAUACUCAAAGAACGACUUGCUUACACGUCGUACUCUUCAUUGCCACGUGUGUCGUACACAUUCCAGUAAUGGUCGUAUUAACCCCCAAGGAAAGCCGAGUACUAGCACUGCAGAGUACCAGGGAACAGUUUCACCCAUCGUUAGACUUGUUUUGUGUCUUAGAGACCCUGAGACUGGCUUUAUAGGAAGGUUUAAUGUCAGUGCCGACUCUGCAGAGCGUCUCUUGGGAGGAGUAACGCCCAAGUUUUCCUGGAUAAUUCAAGAAACUGAAGCACAGCUUCGUGAAUUACUUGCAGCCAUUCUCUCAGUUCAAGACCGAUUGCAUUUUGGUAUCAAGAAGACAAGGACAAGCCAAGGGACUCCGCAGUACCUUGUAAGCAACACUUCUUUGCUCUUGAUAGAUGCAUAGUUGGCUCCUAUUUGAUCUCUAAGGAGUGUGUUGCAGUUUUUAUGCUAAUUUUUAUAAGGAAGAGUAGUUGUUAUACUUUAUUUUAUUUUUUACCAUGUUUAAUUUGCUCAGCUGUUUCUCUGGAACACGAAUUGUGAACUGAAUUUAAGAAAAGAAAAAAAUGGAUUUUAUAUUUGAUGCAUUUUUUUUGUUGAUCAUUUUUUUUCAUGCUAACCUUAACAGUGUCCAUUAUCACUCAUUUUAAUGUCACUUUUGUCUUGUGUUGCUAAUCCAUCCCCAUCUGCGGAUGUUUCCAUUUCUACUUUUAAGAGUUGCUGAUUACAAAGAGAAUCUCUUGAAUAACAAAAAAGGCACAAUACCGUGACUGGAACGAUACACAAAUAACCCGCACAUAAAAGAGAGAAGCUCACGACGACGUUUCGGUGUGACUUUGUAAAUGGUCCAAGUCAGACCGAAACGUCGUCGUAAGCUUCUCUCUUUUAUGUGCGGGUUAUUUGUGUAUAGAAUCUCUUGAUUUAGUUCUAUAGAAUUACCAGAUCUGUAACAUGCUUAAUUGCAGUGCCUAGUUUUAUUCAGCUUUGAGGUCUGUCUGGAAUACUGGUUAUUUCAGCUAUGAUAUACCAUGCUUACCUCUCCAUCAUCAUCUUUCUCCCUCCCUUGUUCUUUCUUCUUUCAACGUACCAGCCAUAUCUCACUGAGGCGGGGCGGCCCAAAAGAAAAAACUAAAGUUUCUCCUUUUAAAUUUAGUAAUAUAUACAGGAGAAGGGGUUACUAGCCCCCUUGCCUCCCUUAUUAUUAUAUUAUAAUCAUGGGGGAGUGCUGAACCCAUAGGAUUAUACAGUGCAUGGGGGGGGGGAUGGAAGGUACUCGGGCUCAAUUCAGGGAACCGAAGCAUAGAUACGAUUCCCUAGAUCAUGAGCCCCUUGCCAGCAUCAAGGGACCUCCCAUGAGGGGCUCCCUUCCUUAGACUUCUGUUCCUUCUACCCACCUCCCUUUAUUUUAUGUACUCCUCUAGGGAGGCUCCUUAAUGCUGGUAAGAGGCAUGUAAUACAAGGAAUCAAGUUUAUUCUCUCCUUCCUUGGGUUGAUACUGAUCGUCUUCCAUCCCCGAGCACUGCAUAAGUAUGAAUCUUGUACAUUACAAGUAAUGUGAAAAAAUUAGUAACUUUUUUUAAACAAUUCUCAGAUGAAUGGAUAAACAUAUUACGUAUAAGUUUAAAGUGUACAAAUAUAGAGGCGAGAUAUAUUGACAGUAAGACAAAACCAGUUGUUAUACAUACUAGAGUUUUCAUGAGUACAAAUCGAUAGUAUUUUCUGAUGUAAAGAUAAGGCACUUGUAGUUUGUCAUUUGCUAAAAAAACCAUACCACGGGCGGGAUUUGAACCCGCGGUCAGAGUCUUAAAACUCCAGACCGUCGCGUUAGCCACUGGACCAGCUAGCUGGUCCAGUAGCUAACGCGACGGUCGAGUUUUGAGACACUCUGACCGCGGGUUCAAAUCCCGCCCGUGGUAUGGUUUGUUUGCAAUCGUGUCAUUACGAUUUUGUGUGUCUUUGCUAUUUAGUAAGAGCGUAUUGGAGUAAUUAAGUAUGCCUUUUCUGCAGCAGUGUAAUAAGGUUACUGUUUCAUCGUGCUGACCAUCACAUUACAACUGUGUACACUGUUGAUUGCCUUGUCACUUUACAAUUAUAAAUGAUUUCAGUGAUAAUGAUGUCAUCUUGUGUGUGCAAAGGAAAAUAACCUGGUUGAACAGAUUGCUGUUGAUCUCUUGUACCCUCAGUGGUUGUUCAGUAUUAUUACAAUCAAAACUAAGUGCUAAACCCACUGGGGUCAUCCAGUGGUUCUGGAAGAGUGUCGUAACUUCAGCAACUGGUUCACGGCUUUUAGGCAUUUCACUGUACAUUAUUAAAUUCAACGCAUGUGUGGACCCUUGUGGGAUUAGCACUUAAUUUUGAUUGUAAUAAUCAAAAUAUGCAUUAAAUCUGCAUGAGUUAUAUGGCACAGUGGACAGGUAUGUACAGAAUAACAGUUAAUGUUUACUGUACAGGUUGCUAGGCGCCCAUAUCUUGGUGUCAAGUAAUGUAACUUUACAUCUACUGUUCUACCUCAAGUCCAGCUCCUGACUCACUAUGGUCAUGCUGUGUAUAUAUAUAUAAGUAGAAUACGUAGAAAAUUGAAAUUGAACAUAGAUAAGAGUAAGGUGAUGAGGGUAUCCAACAAUUUAGAUAAAGAAAAAUUGGAUAUCACAUUGGAGAGAGUAUGGAAGAAGUGAAUGUUUUCAGAUACCAACACUUAUAUGGGUGUGAAACAUGGGUUGUAAAUGCUGUAGCGAGGAGGAGGCUGGAGACAGUGGAGAUGUUGUGUCUAGGAGCAAUGUGUGGUGUAAAUAUUACGCAGGCAUUGUACUUCCCAUUUCCAGGACUCAAGUCUGGCUAACCGAUUUCCCCGAAUCCUUUCACAAAGUAUUACCCUGCUCUUCACACUCCAACAGCUCGUCAGGUCCCAAAAACCAUUCGUUUCCAUUCACUCCUAUCUAACACACUCACACGCACUUGCUGGAAGCUCAGGCCCCUCCGUCCAACCUUUUCAGGAACAACCCCUACCCUCGCCUUCUCUGCCCUACAGAUUUAUACGCUCUCCAAGUCAUUCUACUUUGAUCCAUUUUCUCUAAAUGACCAAACCACCUCAACAGCCCCUCUUCAGCACUCUGACUAAUACUUUUAGUAACUCCACACCUUCUCCUAAUUUACACACUACGAAUUCUUUGCAUAAUAUUUACACCACACAUUGCUCUUAGACAGGAUAUCUCCACUGCUUCCAGCCACCUCCUCGCUGCUGCAUUUACAACCCAAGCUUCACACCCAUAUAAGAGUGUUGGUACUACUAUACUCUCAUACAUUCCCUUCUUUGCCUCCAUGGAUAAUGUUCUGUCUCCACAUAUACCUCAACGCACCACUCACCUUUUUUCCUUCAUCAAUUCUAUGGUUAACCUCAUCCUUCAUAAACCCAUCCACUGACAAGUCAACUCCCAAAUAUCGGAAAACAUUCACUUCUUCCAUACUCCGUCCAAUGUGAUAUCCAAUUUUUCUUUAUUUAACCCUUUGAGGGUUUUGGACGUACUAGUAUGGCUUACGACCCAGGGUUUUUGACGUACUAGUACGCCUAAAUUCUAGCGGCCUCAAAUCUAGUGGGAGAAAGCUGGUAGGCCUACAUAUGAAAGAAUGGGUCUAUGUGGUCAGUGUGCACAGUAUAAAAAAAAUCCUGCAGCACACAGUACAUAAUGAGAAAAAAAAAACUGACCAUUUUUUUUAAUAAAUCAGCGACUUUGCACUGUAUUUUCGUAUGGUAUUUAUUGUUGUAUUCUAGUUUUCUUGGUCUCAUUUUAUAGAAUGGAAGACAUAUUACAGAAAUUGAGAUGAUUUUGACUGGUUUUACAAUGAAAGGUGCCUUGAAAUUGAGCUCAAAGUAGCAGAAAUGUUCGAUUUUUACCAAACUUCAAAAGUAAACAAAUCAUGCCAAGCGUGCAAUACACGUCAACUGGUGAGUCUAAUAUUCUUUCACAAGUGCACCAAUAAUAUUUAUACCAUUUUUUACACUAAUGCAGUAGUCUGCAUAACAGUAAAUCUUAUAUUUUUUGUGAAAAUAAAAAUUCAAAGUGGAAAGCAAAAGAAUAUAAGAGGGGCCUUGAAACGUGACUAAUGACUAGAGGAAAUGUCAUUUUAGUGCCAGGAAUGUCUUUCUUGUUUAUUCUGGACCCUAUUCGGAAAUUGGCAUCUUUUGAAAUUUGUGUGAAAUUGGCAAAAUUGCUAAAUUCUGACCACUGUACUGGAUAGUUGAAUUUCAUAAAUGGGUGGUUUCUUGCACCCAUUCGAUAGAAAAAAUGGAGUUCUAGCGAAAUAUUCAUGUUUUUUGUCGACUAGUACAGUCGAAUUGGCCGAAAAUGGGGCUCAAAGUGGGCAAAAUCGCCGAUGCGUAAACAUCGCCGAGACCGCUAACUUUGCGAAAGCAUAAUUCCGUAAGUUUUCCGUCAAAUUUCAAACUUUUUGUGUCUUUAUGAUCAGGAAAAGAUUCUCUAUCUUUUCAUAAGAGAAAAUAAUUUUUUUUUUUUUUUAAAUUUGGCCGACCCUGAGAACGAGUUUCGGAGAGGGCCUGUCGACCCUCAAAGGGUUAAAUCAUUUGAUACCCUCAUCACCUAUAUUAUCCAUUUCUUAA